AUGGGGAAUAUGUUUGCAAACGUUUUGAAAGGCCUGUUUGGCAAAAAAGAGAUGAGGAUAUUAAUGGUUGGUUUGGAUGCGGCUGGUAAAACUACAAUCCUGUAUAAACUGAAGCUUGGAGAAAUAGUUACAACAAUUCCAACUAUAGGUUUCAAUGUUGAGACUGUAGAAUACAAAAACAUCAGCUUCACAGUGUGGGACGUUGGUGGUCAGGACAAGAUUCGGCCAUUGUGGAGACAUUACUUCCAAAAUACACAAGGUUUGAUAUUUGUUGUGGACAGUAACGAUAGAGAACGAGUAGGAGAAGCAAGGGAAGAACUCAAUCGUAUGCUUAAUGAAGACGAACUCAGGGAUGCAGUCUUAUUAGUAUUUGCAAAUAAACAGGAUCUGCCCAAUGCUAUGACGGCCACAGAGCUGACAGACAAGCUUGGACUGCAAAAUCUACGAGGACGUAGAUGGUACAUUCAAUCAACAUGUGCCACCAGCGGCGAUGGUCUUUAUGAAGGACUUGACUGGGUGGCUAAUGAACUAAAGAAAAAUAAUUCGUAG